AUGGAUUUACUUGAUUUAAGCUUGGUACUGAUGUGUUUAAUGACGUCGAGUUGUACACCACAACAGGACCACGCUCCACAGUUUUGGAAUAACAAGGCCCAGGAUGACAUGAGAAAAGCAUUGAAUUCCCUCCCUAAUACCAACAUCGCGAGAAACGUUAUCCUUUUCAUCGGCGACGGCAUGAGCAUAUCAACUGCAACAGCUGCCCGAAUUCGACGAGGUCAGAUUCAGGGACGAACUGGCGAGGAAACCGUCCUGAAAUUUGAAGAGUUCCCACAUGUUGGGCUUCUGAAGACGUACCCAGUAGACCGACAAACAGCAGACUCGGCGUCCACGGCCACGGCGUUACUGUCCGGUGUAAAAACCAAGUACUACCUCGUAGGUCUGGACGCUUCGGCAACACGAGGGGACUGUGAGUCCUCUCAGGGGGCUAAACUUAAAACUAUGGUGGACUGGGCAGAAGAGGAAGGUAAGUCGACAGGUAUCGUAACGACAACACGUCUGACUCACGCCACACCCAGCUCGGCGUACGCGCACUCUGUAGAAAGGGAUUGGGAGGGUGACGUUAAAAUGACAAACGUCGCAGGCAACUGUCGGGACAUUGCACAGCAGUUCGUCUACGAGAAUGGACACAUCGAGGUAGCUUUUGGUGGAGGAAGGAGACAUUUUAUUCCUAAUAAUGUUCCUGAUCCAGAGGCAAAUUUUACGUAUGCAAGAUACCAGAGACGGGACAAUCGCAAUCUUCUGAACUACUGGCAGGAGCAGAGAGAAGAAGAAGGGAAACGGUACAAAUAUGUGUGGAACAAACACCAGUUUGAUGCCAUAGAUCCCAACAAUGUUGACAGUGUUUUAGGACUAUUUGCUCCCAGUCAUAUGCAGUACGAGCUUGAGAGAGACAAUGGUCCUCUAGGAGAACCUUCACUGGCGGAAAUGACGUCAAAGGCUAUUAAAAUUUUACAGAAAAACGACAAAGGAUUUUUCCUCCUGGUAGAAGGGGGCCGUAUUGACCACGCCCACCACCUUAACAAGGCAAAGAAAGCCCUCCACGAAACCCUGGCUCUAGAGGACGCCGUAAAAGAGGCUGUCACACUGACAGACGAAGAGGACACGCUAAUCGUAGUAACGGCAGACCAUUCACACGUAUUCGCGGUGGGCGGGUAUCCAUCUAGAGGAAACGAUAUCCUAGGUGCUGUGGAUGACGUGCCUGAACAGUACCUUCCACCAGAUCGGAAAGGGUUUACCACCAUUACCUACGGGAACGGUCCCGGGUAUGAAAACGGAAGCAGAGCGGACCCCCGGUUUACUGACACUACUACUAACGACUACGUUUUCCCGAGCGCAGUUCCUUUGGGAGAAGACACCCAUGGAGCUGAUGACGUAGCAGUUUACGCGCAAGGCCCCAUGGCGCACCUCAUACACGGGGUACAUGAACAGAAUUACGUAGCUCACGUGAUGGCGUACGCUUCCUGUAUGGGGAUCAACAAGGGUCACUGCGUCCAUUACAACAUCAUCAACGCUGGACCGACACAUACUCCACAAUGGGCUAUGUUAAUCAUACUUUUAGUUCAUACGGUGCAGACUAAUAUAUGUUUUUGA